AUGGAUGAAGUAAAUGCAGAUGGCUUGGUCGAGACAGGUAUUUUUGAAAGGAUCCAGGCACUUGUAAGGAGUUCUGAGGAUGGCGACUUCAGAUGUGUUGGGCCAUGCGCUCCAAAAAAGAGUGAUGUAGCUGAGCAAUGCACGGAUAUACCCAGUAACGAUGCUGCCAUAGAUAAAGGAGGCAGUAGAUUGAAUCUGUGGAGGAUCUCCACUCAGAUAGUUGUUUUUGGGCAGUGCUGGAACAACAGCACAGAGAGCAUGACGAAGAGGAACAACAAGGACGAACUGAUUGCGUUUAUGAAUGCCAAUUAUGGAGGAAGAUGCAUGAUUUGGUGUUUUGAAGACAUAUUUCCGGACUCGUAUAAUGUCCAGAGGAUGCCAGCACUUGAUUUUGACCUUGGGGUUGCAUACAGAAUGUGCUGUGCAGUCAAAUGCUGGCUGGAUUUCAGUUCCAACAAUGUGGUUGCAUUUGAGCUUCGGCAUGGAGAUGACGGCAGGCUGAAGUUUGUGAUUGGGUGUGUAAUGAAACAUUGUGGAGUUACUGGCGAUGGAUUCUGUGUGGACGAUGCCUGCUUUGAUGUGUUUCUGUCUUCUUUGAUGAAUGCGAAUACUGUUAGAAGGUACAUUAGGUAUUUUGAAUCUGCAAGCAAUAUGAAAUAUGAAGGAAAUCACAGCAUUGUUUUGAAGCAAUUGAUAGUCACUACGAUUCCAAUUGCACAUUCUGUUGACUUUCAGGUUGGCAUUUCAAUCAAUGGAAGAAGCAAAGUGCUGUAUGCUGCCCAGGAAACUACUUGUGACGAAGAUGCUGUUGGCUGUGGCCAUGGUGUCUAUAGAGAUGAAGAUUAUGUGGUGUUUAGUGAGAUUGGAUGCAAUGUAUCGGAAGAUAUCCGGAUAGAAAUGUGGUAUUAUUCGAAUGAGAAGCACGAGAAGGUACUGAGCCUUAGAGUCAAUCCUCUUUUCUACAGACAAGGAGUAUAUAGAUUCACCCUUGAUGACAUGGAGCUUGUUCUGCCAAGAAACAGGUUCCAGGAUGACUUCUCUGUUGAUCUAGUGCUGGUCGAGGCAGGAAGGGCCGAGAAAAAGAACUUGUGUUUCGACAAGAUCGACCACAUCCAAGGCAUCAAGAUGCUGAACGACGGGUUCUGGAGGGAUUAUGACCGAGAGAUCUAUGAACGGCUUGCUUCCCAGGGAAUCAAUGAAAUUGUAUCAAAGAUUUGUGCAUACAUGCGAUAUGACACACAGAGAUGCUCUGAAUUUGCACGAGAUCUAGAAGCAAAGGGAGUAUGCACCAAUCGAAACGAGCCGUGCAUCUCUGGCCAUGUGAGUAUGAUGCUACGUUGCAGACAGAGUGCCAUUGCUGGGCAUGAUACAGACGAUACAGAAGGAGUCCAGAAUGAAGGCAGCAGCUGCACGGAUGGCAACAGCAUCAAUCCGGCUCUUCUUAAAAGCAGAUCAGGUAUUGAUGUGCGUAAAACACUGUAUUUGAUAGAAGUAGAAUGUAGCAAGCUACGCUCAGUAGAACAGAUCAAAUGCGAAAUGCCAAUCAGAAAUAGCAGACAAGCUGUACCAAAGAAGCAAAUCAUUCGAAAGAGGCCUGCUUGCGAGUAUGGCGCCAGCAGUAUACUCGAGAAGGUUGUUAAAAAAUCACUGCACAUGACUCCAUUGCCAAGAAUAGAUGGAACAAUAUUCAGUGAGUGUUCAGACAUCGAUGUCAGAAUGGAUCUCAAUGUGUUUGAGGAUAUGCUUUGCGAAACGUUUGUGGAUGUGGAGAAUACAAAUAGCAAUCAAGCAAGAACAGCAGCAAUCAUAGACAGCAACAGGCUAUUUUUGGCUUCUCUAUCAUUAAGGCAUCUUGAAUUAAAAGGAAUCACGCCUGAAAACAUUUAUACGUUCUUAGAGUCUCCAGAUAGUCCUCUAGAGCUUCAAGAUCUGUUGAACAUUGAAAAGAUGUAUCCAGAUAGCAAUGAGGCAUCGAUUCUGUCAUUGGCACAGCCAGAAAUGCUUAAUGAGGUUGAAGAAUCGAUGCUGAGAUACUCACGCCAUGCAGAUGCGCUCAGACUUGCAGAGAUCCUGAUUUUUGAGAGAAAGUUUUUCUGUGAGAUAUUCCUGAUCGAAGAUACCUUGAUUGGGCUUCUGAUGCUGUAUAACCGUGUUAUUGAUAGUCGUGGACUGAAGGUUCUUCUGAAGGCUGUCCUUGAGAUAUGCAAUACUGUAAACUUCAAAUACUCGAUGGCCCGAAAGAAAAUACCUGGGUUUCGUAUUUCUAGUCUGUGUGUGUUCAGUGGAUACAGAGGAAAAAACAACGUGUCGCUGUUUCCAUUUCUGUUCCAUGUGAUGGAGGCGAACGGCAUUGCUAUUAGCGAUCUGCUUGAUGAGUUUGCAAGCAUCCACGAGCUUAAAGCUGAAGAGCUGUCGAGGAUCCGUGAGAGAAUCAAUUUGUUUAUUGGGAUGUACACAGAUAAUCUCUUUGCACUGAAUGUUCUCGAUGCCAAGCACCAGAAAGCAUACUCCGGGUUUUUCUUGUUUGCAUGCAACAAAUUGGAAUAUGUAGCAGAUGCAUACAAAGAAUGUAACCUGAAAUCAGGCAUAAUCGAUCAUAAAUUUGGAGAUUAUGAUGACGGUAAAUGCACAAGUGCCAUUCUAGUUGCUCUAUCUGACUUUUUCCACAACAUGAAGAUGCAUUUCCAAGCAUACAAUAGAAAUCGAUGCUAA